AUGUUUGGAUUCCGCUCUAGGAUAGGCUAUCAAAGUAUCGAAGAUGAAAAUACUCCAUCCCGAAUAUACUCUACUAACAGCGAACAUACAUUACUGAUUCCCGAAAGAAGAGCACCGGAAGAUGAUGUACCAUCGGAUAUGUAUAGUGGUCCACCAUUGGAACAUGAUAUCGCAACGAAUGAAGUGGAUGGAACUGCCGCAUGCUAUGCUGCUACAAGUUCUGGUGUUUUGUGGGAUGGAGUGGAGAAUUUAGACCAG